AUGACGGCCCUGCACCUUGCCUUCCUCUGCCUACUCAUUUUAGCACCCGAGUCCAAAAAGUAUCUAAAAUGUGAGCUGCAUGAUGAAUUAAUACGACGAGGACUGGAUGGUUAUCACAACAUUGGAGUAGGACACUGGUUGUGUUUGGUCCUGUUCGCAAGUCAGUUUGACACGCAACACUAUGAGUACACAGAUGGUCAUCCAUACUACGGCAUGUUUUAUUUGAGUGGUCUGUUAUGGUGUGACAAUGGGAAGCACCCCACAAAGAACCUCUGCAGUAUUGACUGUGAGAAGUUUCUGGAUGACAAUAUUGCAGAUGAUGUUGAGUGUGCAAAGAAAGUUUCUGCAAGCAAGAAGGGGAUGUUAGCUUGGAAGCCCUUUGAAGAAUACUGCCGUCAUCCUAUGCCUUCCAUACUCUAUUGGGAAUGCAAUAAGCCUUGAAAUACAGGGAUACAUUUAUUAUUAUUUU